CGGGAUAGUGUAUUUCUUCCUUGACUUCAACAACUUUUCAGCUCCAAGUUUCAUCGAUUCACCAACUCAAAAAGUGCCGCGAAAGUUCUUUUAUAAGUUGCGCAUCUGUUCAUCUCUCAUUAUCUUUUAUUAACUCUACGGACUGCCAUUUGUCGGUCUUCCCUUACUUUUCCUUCAGCUUUCGCGGUAACCCUUUUCAUUAUUUUCCUUUGGAAAGUUGGAAGUUGAAAGUUGAGCCAAAUGAGCCAGCUCAGUUCAACAAACUCACUUCACUGUUCGAAGCGAAAAACUCCUGGAUGCCGCCUCGAAUAAAUAGAUUCUAUCAACUGGAUGCUCCGUUCAUUCACAAUCGAUCACAACCUUGACAAUUCUCAACUCUUUUGUUCAGUUACUGACUCUUUAUUGAAAGUGAGCUUUACCAGUCUCUCCACUCUCCUUUUUUUUUUGUGACUAUUUAGGCAUCUGCUGGCGCUUCUCUUCUUAACAGCCAUCUUCGCGUGACCCCAGCUCUGCCAACUUGGCAUUCUAUCGAGAUAGGCGCCAGUUAUAUCUAUAAAAGCGUGUAUUUUUAAUUAUUUCAUGUCACCACUCCACCCUCCCACGACUGCUCCGCAGCUUGUCCUAACGACUCAACCAAUUAAACAGUUCAAUAGUGUAUCGAACCGCUCCGGCAGGAUAGAUCGAAGCAGUUUCUUCCUGCACUUCCUUAAUAGCUGUAAAGGUACCCACCCAUACUUGGAUUGGAAAAGUGCCACCGCUCAAACUUGAUAUUAAAUAUAUCGAAGAUGCCUCCAGGUCGCAGAUCAAAGAAAGCGUCGCAGAAGUCAUCACUUGACACAUGCGUGGCAAACUUGUGCCGGGAAUUGAACCGAAAUUCAGAGACGAACGGCAGAGAAAAGUGAGUUAUGCCAGUGGUCUGUAUACAUCUGCAGCAUGCUGACAGUGACUAGGAUCGACGAAAAUACAGUGGAAUCGCUGUGCGAGGCUUUGCACUCGGCAAAGGACAAGGAUACCAUAACCGUAGCGGCCGUCAGAAAUCUUCUCUCGACUUUGGAGAAUCAAGACGGCGAGUUCUGUUGUUCUCUUGAUAUCAAAACUUUCUGUGUUGUCUUGAAUAUCAUUCUUUGCAGCGAGGGUUGUCGAGAAGGGGAGCGUAUUCUCGUCCUACUUGCCGUAAGUGUCAAGACUAGUGACAUUUGCGAAUUUUUGGGUAUUGGCUAACUAUUACAGAAUGAACUCCACCAGCAAUUCUUACCUCAAGACGCAGAGAUCUCGGAAAGUGUGCUAAUCGAUAUCGCGAGAGCAUUGGACGUUGGUCACCUCAUAGAAUACUUCGUCGAUGAUUCAAAACCAAACGGAACUAGAAGAUGGGUAAACUACCAUCGGCUGUCCCUGAUAUGUAACUGGACUAACACGUUGGUAAGGUUGGUAUCAUCAUGCAACAACUCUUGAGAGGCCCAGAGGCAGUUUCUGAGCAAUUUCAACACACACCGGAAGACAUUAGGUGAGGAAUUCUCCAAUUUUCUUUCACAGCCGAGCUAAUAUAUUCCUAAAAGACGGAGUAUUGGUCCCUUGAUUCUCAAUGAAGAAAACGAAAUCCAUAGGUUGAUUUGUGGUCAGGUUUUGGCGGCACUACUAAACGCCGAUAUCCUUCCUGAAGAAGUGUGGCCUGUAGGGACUGAAAAGAAGGACUACGAGGAUUUUCCGACUGCACUGGAAAAUCCAUCGGAGUGGAAAUCGCAAUUUCAGCUAUGGGUAGACGAUAAGUGGCCUGAUAGUCCAAGUCAGACGUAGGUAUGCCAGAGACUACAAUGCCAAUGAGUUAACAAUUAUUUAGGCCACCACAUAUGCUUUACUAUAGUCACAGUGUUGUGACUAUACCACCAUUUAGGCUCGGAAAAUAUGGCGAAAACAUCGAACUAGUUUUGGAAGACGGCUAUGUCCUCUUUUUGAAGACCUCUACCGAACAGGAACUGGAUCAAAUACUCCAAGUACCAUGUAAUUCCAUCUCUCGAAUUUCUGUCAGCGAUAGCUCGACUGUAAUCAAUGGAAAAGAAGUCUGUGAUAUUGUUUUUGAAAUCAAGGACGAUCGGAAGGUAUCCUGUUAUCUGAACUCGAGACCUACCACCUUUCAACAACUAUGCCUGACCAUAGGCUCAGGCAUGAAGGAGCUGAUGUCAGAUCUUCAGAAUGAGUGUACCGAAACCGAGUUCUCACGUGAGAGGAUUAAAUGCUCUCAAGCUGAGGAUGACAUACGGGUUCAAGGGGAGGGAAGUCCGCCAGAGGCCGAGAUUCGCGACAGGCUGUCUAGCGAAAAUGAGCAUCAGCAAACAACAACGUCUGGUACACUAUCAUUCGAGAGUGAUAAAUUAAACACCAAUGUUAGUUUCAAAGGGGUGACUCGGCCCGAGCUUGUUCAAAGUGAAGCAGGCGAUAAUAUAUCCUCAAACGUGGUUAGUAAGUUUGAGCAGUUCCAACAAUUCCCUAACGGGAAGAAUGCAGCAAGCAAUACCAAUUUACCUGAAAAUUAUGAUAAAGCAAGCUUCAGAGAUUCACCUACAAUCCCUACCCAUCGAGAAAUUUUGCCAACGCCUGGCGAGGCUGAAGAACCAAAUGAUGAAGCUUUGGAAACUAACGACCAGGCGCUUCUCUCGAGACAAAAAGGCAAAGCUCGCCCUCGGAUUUCUCUCCCCCUGCAAAUAAAUGAAAGCCUUUCAGACAAGAAUGCAACUAAUGCUACAGAAGUCGUCACGAUAGAAGAAAAGUUAUCAGCAAGUCUGCCAAGCAGAAGAAAAGCUCCUAUUUCAGAUACACAACCAAGCCCUGUUCUUGCUAAACAUUCCCCACCGAACCUGGAACCCAGCCUGAAUAUAAGUAAGGUACCCAAAAAGUACUCUGUAAAACCAAAACCACCGAUCCCGGCUUCGAAGUCCAAGGCGGAAUCCUCUGGACAGACUGUACCAGCGAGGAUAACUACUGUUCCCAAAAACAAGGCGGGAUCCAAUGAAACAAGGGAACCAGUAGAGACAAGCAUUUACGAUUUUCCUGAGAACGUCGAAGAUGACGAAACAACGACGAAAGCCGACCGUCAGUCUAAAAAGGAAACCAAAAAAAGAGUUGGUGGAUCACAACCAAAAGGACAACAAAAAGGAAAGGCAAGUGGCAAAGGCAGAGGGAAGAGUGCAAAAACCCACCAGAGACCUGGGCCAAUUCCAAUGGAAGCCGGCGAACCUAUAUUCACCAAGAGGGGUAGCCAGAGAGCUGCUGCGAAUCAAGCCAAGCUUAGCAUGAGCAAAAUUAAUGAUGAAAUGGAGGACAUCGAAGACGAUUUCUCAGACCAAAGAGAUAGUGGGCCAGCGCAGCCCAACGUCUCGCGAAAGCGUAAGAUGAUGGAGCCAUCAGCAGAGCCUGCUGUAGCAGAAGCUAAUUCCACCCCUUUACUAGAGCCAGCCUUGGAGAGAAAUCAGGAAGCAUUGGUUCUUCAGCAGCAAGAUGCUCAGGCAUUAGGUCUGCUUGACAGCAAUUUCCAGCAAGAGGAUCCAUUCGAAAUUGGUGAUCUAUACACUGCCAGUCCACCAGCAUCAAAUGAUCAGCAGAGGUACGGUCAAGAAACACCUGAGCCUUCCCGAAGGACUGCAGCCGUAAACUUCGCCAAUCAAUUGGAUGGUCUCCUGAGCGAUGAUGCGGGCGGAGAUGACAAGACGAGUCUUACUAAUACUUCUAGCAAGGGUCUGUUUAAGAAGAGAGUACCCCAAAUUGCACUGCCAUUAAAGCGCGAAACGCCCGAACAGAGCACAUCGGAGAAGAAAUCUACAGUCAUCGAAAAGGUCGUCCCGGAGGCCAUGAUUCAGGGAGCCAAAACUUAUGAUAGCCACCAAUGCCAAGAUGAAGAUUCCCUAGGCCCACAGUUACAGGAAGGAAAUUCCACUAUGUCAGAGGCUCCAACUAAUGAAAAAUUGGUACCCUUUUUAUCAUGCGAGACGGACGUCGAUAAGAAUCAGAAGGCCGUAAGGACAGAUGGCGCCGAAGGGGAAACAGACAUGAAGCUACUUGUGGGCACAGCUGAGCAAGAAACAGAGCAUGUACUCAUCACAAAUAAUUCCGAUCCAGUCCUUGCAAUUCCAAGCCAUCCUUUGAGCAGAUUUCCGAACAGCUCCAAGCAGGAAAUCGUCCACAAACCAAUGGCAUUGAAGGCAAUAGCUUCUAGUUUCAACCAGCCCCGUUUAGAAAGCUCUUCUCCAACAUUACUAGCUGAUUUAACUUUGAUCGAGGAGAAGAAGCGAAAAGUUGUAGCAGAGGUUACUGUACCAUCCAAGCGUCGUCGACCAGUUGCGACAAAGAAUUCAGAAUAUCCGCCAAUAUCGACAUCUGGUCCUCUCGCACAAACAAAGACAUAUCCUGAUAUUUCAUCUAGUAAGAGUAAAGCUCUACUAGAUGAUCGAAUCAUCCGCAAACCAAACCUGAUACAUUUCGGCGUCAAAGGUGCACAAAAUCAAGGUUCUUCCAGUACAUCGAAACCUGUCAUUGAACGAGACACUGAGGUAUCCGCCACUAUAUCAGAUACGGCGAGGGAUAAAUCUCAAGGGGCAGUGCAGAAUAAACGAAGAUAUGAUGAUGAGGAAGACGAAGGAAGUUUGUUUGUAUCUCAAAGCCCACCCAGAAAACGUCAGAGUAGUAGUCCACCGGCCGUAAUUAUGCCGACAAUCGCUCCAACAUCGAUGGAAACAGAUAGCGGUCCCCUCGUUCCUGUGACUCUCAAAGCCAGCUCACAAGGAUCUCGAGUCGACGCAUUUGGUAGUCCACUGGCUCAACAUAGUAUGCCUUCCAUAGGCCAAAUUCUCAAAGUCCAGCAAACAGCACCGGCACCAGAAUUUGGCCAGCUUACGUCUCGCACAAUAGACUUUCAUCGGGACGUACCUACGAUUACCGUACCAUCUCCAGAUUCUGAAGUCAAAGACACUCCCGAGAUUUUUGGUCCUCAAAUCAAAGUGGUGAGCAUUGCAAAAGCUCGACCUGCCCCGCCUGGAGAGUCGCCUGUUCGAUAUGUUCCUCAUACAAAAACUCAACAUGGUACUUACGAAGGCAUCUUAACAAUGGAGAAUAUACAAGAAGAAAAGGUUCUGCCAGAUCCCUUUGUUGAGGACGUCCAUAAAAAAUCGAGUGGGUUUACCGAACGAUUACGCGCACGACAAACUAAUAUAACGAGCAAAGCCGAUGGAGGCCUGAAUGUUCGUUUCAGCGAUCCUGACAAAACUCUUGUGGAGAUUGAGGUGCAAAACUCUACUAGAGAGUUGUCUUCACCAAGUGAGUCGACCAGUAUUUCAUCCUUUCGAUCAGAGGAUUCCUCAAAUACUCCAAUGCAAGAAUUAUCCCCAAACAGUCAGUGGUCAUUGGCUAUUCAACCACACUAUAAAGGAUAUGCAGAUACCGUUCAUAAAAUUGCCAGUGUAAGUCUCACCGUAUGGUACAAUGUCAAUGUGCUAGAUAGCUGACACUUGGGUUAAGGAGAUGGUGAUUAGAUUGGCCAACGAAGAAGAUGCUUCGAAGCUGGUCGUUCGUCAAUACAACGAGAACGCCUCCGGUAUGCUUGAAGGUUUGACUAGCAAGCGAGAUGUGGAGAAGGCGAGCAUUCACCAACAGAUCGAAAAUAAGAAGGAAGAAUUGAUUGGAAUGUACUCGGAAGCUAGAAAUGUCAUGACGCAAACUGAGAAGGAUAUAAAAGCUGCUCCUGUAGGUGAUCUCAACAGGAAAUGGCAAGAGAGACAAGAGUUUAUCCUCAGAGAAAUGAAGUGAGAGAAGUGAGGGAUAUACAUCACAGUGGUAGUCCGGUGAGACAUUGCUUCGUUUGCUUGUGUAAUCUAUAUUUAAGAGCGACGAAGAGCGGCGAGUGAAUGCUAUGUCAGGCUUCGAUUGCUUUAGAUUCUGAUUGCAUACCUAAUCCAAAGUCUCGACCUGGAAGACGAAAGCUUAGAUUGUAGCACGUCAUUCAUAAUGUGUCAUAAAUGUUUAGACAGCUUGAAAAGAUUUGUAUUUUCGUAUGGGUAGGUAAUGGCUAUAAGAAAGAUGAAUGUUU